CGGGCGUCGGGCGCGUCGCUCGGGGCCGCGCGCCCCGAGGGAGGCCGGGAGUGCGGCGACGGGACGCGGCGCCCGGCGGGGCUACUAACAAAAGAUGGUGGAUCGCUUGGCUAAUAGUGAAGCCAACACCAGACGUAUAAACAUCGUGGAGAACUGUUUUGGCGCCGCUGGUCAGCCCUUGACCAUCCCCGGGCGGGUUCUCAUCGGAGAGGGCGUCCUGACGAAGCUGUGCCGGAAGAAGCCCAAAGCCAGGCAGUUUUUCUUAUUCAAUGACAUUCUCGUGUACGGCAACAUUGUCAUCCAGAAGAAGAAGUACAACAAGCAGCACAUCAUCCCCCUGGAGAACGUCACCAUCGACUCCAUCAAGGACGAGGGGGACCUGCGGAACGGCUGGGUCAUCAAGACCCCCACCAAGUCCUUCGCCGUGUACGCUGCCACCGCCACCGAGAAGUCCGAGUGGAUGAACCACAUCAACAAGUGCGUCACCGACCUGCUCUCCAAGAGCGGCAAGACCCCCAGCCACGAGCACGCCGCGGUCUGGGUGCCCGACUCGGAGGCCACGGUGUGCAUGCGUUGCCAGAAGGCCAAGUUCACGCCCGUCAACCGCCGCCACCACUGCCGCAAGUGCGGCUUCGUGGUCUGCGGGGCCUGCUCCGAGAAGCGCUUCCUGCUGCCCAGCCAGUCCUCCAAGCCCGUGCGCAUCUGUGACUUCUGCUACGACCUGCUGUCCGCCGGGGACUCGGGCCUGGGCCAGCCCGCCAGGUCGGACUCCUACAGCCAGUCGCUGAAGUCGCCGCUGAACGACGCGUCCGACGACGACGACGACGACGACAGCAGCGACUGAGGGCGUGCUUGGGCGCAUCUGUCGGGUCCGGCUCUGAGAAACCGGCUUCGGGCUGCCAGACUCUGAGCUCCCCGUUCCGCUCUAGCCAUGAGUCCGCCUGAGAAACCUUUAACCGACGUGCCUCAAUCUCUUCGCUAGGAAACGAUCGCUCCGUCUUCCCCGCCAGCCCCCGUGUUCUCUGGGGACAGACCAGUGCAGCUGCGUUGGGAUGAAUGUUUGGUUUCUUUUUCUCCUCCUGUUGCCCCAGAUGAUUUGGGGGAAGGUCAGGGAAAGAUGCGUGUUUUACAGACCGCGACCCAUGUAGUCGUUCAUGAUCUGUCCCGCCAGAUGGGAAAACUCAAAGCAAAAAAGAACGGGGAAAUGACAGUACGUGGCGAGUUAAUUGUAUUAUCAGCUUUCUUUUCUUUUUCUUUUUUUUCUUACCAUCCUAGCUAAUGGUCAAGACACCAGUAACAAAAACACAGGAUCUGGAAAUACUUUGUAAACCAAGUGGUGCCUUAUCCCAAUAGCACUGUUCUAUGAAACGAUGAGCCCUACUUUCUUACUUUUUGGUUUCUUCUAAAAAUACACUGGUGCUCUCUGAAGUGAUAAAAAUGAGCGUUUCUGAAUGGGUGGUACUUCGAAAAUACUUCUGUCAGCUGCAAAAAAACCCUAAAUUUAGAAGUUCUCCGUUCUCUAAGAAUAUUUUUCCAUAAAAUAGUUGUGAUUAUAUUUUUAUGUUUUAUAGAUACGAAAUUGUAAUUGUCAACAUUUUCGAUGAAUAAUAGGUUGUCAUUCUUAUUGAUCAGAUAUAGAGUUGUCAUAUUGCAUUAGUUUCUACCUUUUGUAAGACUUAUUUGUAGGAAUAAAUUCAUCUUUAACUUUAUUUCUAGAAUGAAAAAUCUUAUCAAAUCCUUCCAAUGAAACAGUCUCUUAAAUCUUACUACAGAGCACAAGAUUUGCUUAGGCUGAAGAUUUGCAAGAAAUGGUUAUGCAGAUGGCAAAGACCAGACCCGUGGGUGGAACUAGAUUCGUAUCUGUGGAGUAUUUGUCUAUUUCCUUGCGAAAUGAUGUUGAAUUUACGAAUAAAGUAUUAUAUUUUAUGGUU